AUGUUUGCCUCAUAUUUAGCUACAUUUGCUCUUGCCAAAGAGAUUGCUGUACCUGGAUCCUAUUCAGAUUUUGUAUCUUCAGAGUUACAGCUGUCGUUUGUUUCGAAAGAUAAUUUCGAUUCUUUUGUCAUCUUUCCAAAUACAGAAAAUUUCAUUUACAACGAUCAUCCUCUUAAAAAGAUCUACACGAAUCCAACAUCAUUAAAAAUAACUUCAAAUGGAAACUUUCUAAAUUAUUCUUUUAUUCAAAUUGAAAAAGGUCAAUGCGAUUCUUUAGACUUUAUUCUUAACAAAAACAUAGAUGAUUGGGUUGAAAUAAAGUCUUCAUAUCAGAUGGCAAAAAUCGCAUGCUUUGCAUUUGCUAAUUCUCAAAUGCCAAAAUCAAAUUUCUAUACAUCUGAAAGAAGAUACACGUUUCAUAUAUUCACGAGUUACAUUUUGGAUGAAAAAUCAUUCAUUAAAUGGGAUACUCUACAACUUUCAUUAAAUUAUACAACUGCAAUGCUUCAAGUCCAAUAUGAUACUCGCAGUGAAUAUUCAUUUGGUAUAAACAAAGAUAGACAAAAAUCUGAAGCUGAUUUUUAUUGCGUUCCAUUAUAUGAUUCUUCAUUGGAAUCAUAUUUAAUUAUUGAUGACAUUGUUGACUUUAGAUACGGAAAUUAUAAUGUAAAUGUUAAAGAAUCAUAUAAUUUGAGCAUUCCAGCUAAUUCGUAUAUGAUUUCUUUCGGUCUUAAAUAUGCAAGGUUCCAUAUUUCCUGCGGAACGUAUUCAGAGACAUUCCAUCAAGGUGAUUAUCAAAAAGUUGUAGGAUGGUCAUUUUUAUCCGAUUCAUAUUUGAGAAUUACAGGAUACGAUAAUAUAUCAUUUGUUAUUAUUAAAAACGCAUCAAAUGUUUUGCACUGCAAAGAAGAUGUUACAAUAAUCGGAAGUAAAAGUUACACACUAAAUUUCUACGAUAAUUCCAAAUUAUGCGUCUAUGCUGUUGCAAAUGAUGGAGAUAUCCAAGUUAGUUAUCGUAAGUAUGCAAAAUUUUAUGAUGAAAAUGGAGCUGCUACUACUCCAAAGGAUAAAUAUCAAAAUUCCGUUGUUGCUGUAAUCGAUACUCCAAAUAAGAAUUCAAGUAUCAAGUUUAAAGUUGGAGGAAAAUCAGAUAAUCCUUAUGUUAUUCGAAACACCAUCUAUUCAAAUAAUUUCAGAGCAUAUCUUAUCGCUGAAAACGGUUCAAAGAAUCUUAACGACGAAUGGAAUGAGGAAGAUCAAACCUGGCUAAAAGUGAUUUUGUAUUCUAUUUAUGCUUGUUGUGCUAUUGUACCUCUUGCAUUGAUAUUACUAUUUUAUUGCCUUAUUAAAAAGUGUUAUGUACCAAGAGGGAAGAAGGAAGCAAAUGAUGACAAAUUGCAGCCAUUAACAGCUUAA